GAAGAAAGCACAGAGAGGAUGAGAAAACAAAAGAGAGCAAUUUUUCAAAACUAAUAUCGGAGACCAAUCAUAUUCUUUGGUCAUUCGUUCAUGGAUUCUCAGAUCUGAAGAUUACCUCGUCUUCAUUUUCCGGUGAGAUUUCGGAUUUGGGAGGUAGAAAUCAAAGGCACAUGGAUGAUUUCACAGGCCUCUUAGCGAGAGACUUUGGAUUGAAGCCUCAGGGGAAAUCUGCUCCGAUGGCGCCUCAAACUAACUCUUCUGCCGCUGAUUUUAGCAGUUUCGCUCCUUCCUACAGCUUCGCGAACGCCUCAUCGAAGAAGAAGUCCGAUUCGUCGCCGGUAUUUGACGAUCUGAGUCGCGAUGGUGAUGAUCUUCUCUUCAACGAUGUAUUUAGCGGAUCCUCCGAUUCUCGUUCUCAGACUAAGCCCUCUGCUCCGGCCUUUGACUACGAUGCUAUGUUCAAGGAGCGUACAACACCCAAAUCGGCGUCCAUGCCGGUUUAUGACAAGCCUGUGUACGAUGAGGAUGUGUUUGAGGCUUUUCCCGAGCUCAAAAUUCCAUCGACUUCUCAAUCAGCUAGGUUUGAUGACGUUUUCUCUUCGAUCUCGUCACCUAGGAAGCACAGGAAACAGAAUAGUUCUCCUUUCGAUGAUCUGAUUGGGAAUUUGGGGAAAAGAGAAACGGAGCCAAAGAAGACAGAGAGUGAGCGAGAGGAGCAGGGUAGUUCUGUUUUUGAUGACUUGAUUCCUGGGUUUGGUCGCACUAGUUCCCCUCCAACUAAACGGCCAACUUCAGAGACGAGUCAAUCUCAGAAACCUCCGUAUCGGACAGCCAAGACAUCUUCCAAUCUUGUGGAAGACCCAUUUGUAGUCUUGGAGGAGUCUGCAUCAACACCUAGUGAACCUUCGACAGGAGGGUUCACUGAUCCAUUGGAGGAAAUUGGUAAAUUCAACAGCAGAAAAACUGAUCAUUCUUCUGUCCGUGGAGGAGGAUUUGUUGAUAUUGACUCUCUCGAUAGUCUUGGAAAAUCAGGGCCAGAUAUGAAUAGUAGGGGCAAAAGUCAUCUGAGAUCAGGAAACGUCAGUGGCUCUCAGUCACCAGUGGAAAACUCUGGGAGUUACCAUGCUAAGAAAGUUUCAUUUGAUGAAGUUUUGGAGCCGCAGAGUACUUCAUCCAGAAGUGUUCCUCAGACUGCUUCUCCAGUGUAUGAAAACAAAUCAGUCAAUUCAGAUGGAAGUUUUGAAUCAUCUGAUGAUGUGUGGCUUACUGUUUCUGAGAUCCCCCUAUUUACACAACCUACGAGUGCUCCGCCACCUUCGAGACCUCCACCACCAAGACCUACACGUCCUGGAAAAAUGAAGGUUAAUGAGCCUUCUUUAUCGAGUUCUACUAAUCACUCACGCGUUCCUAACUCAGCUAGAGCUUCUGCAAAUAGCCCGACAGUAUCUCCAAUGGAGGAACUCGACGAUUUUUCUAUGGGCAGAAAUCAGACUGCUGCUAAUGGGCAUCCCGAGCCUCCCUCUGGUGAAGAUCCAGAUGUUUUCUCUGCUGCUGUUGCAUCUGCUGCUGCAAUGAAGGAUGCCAUGGAUAAAGCAGAAGCGAAGUUUAGGCAUGCUAAGGAAAGGCGAGAGAAAGAAAAUCUGAAGGCAAGUAGAAGUAGAAAAGGCGAUCAAAUGGAUAAUUAUGAUUCUCGGGAAAGGGAACUAAGAGAAAAGCAAGUAAGAUUGGAUCGUGAAAGGAUAGAGAGGGAGGCAGAGAUGGAAAGGGAGAGGGAGAGAGAGAGAGAGGAGAAAGAGAGAGAGCAGAAAAGAAUUGAGAAAGAAAGGGAAAGAUUAUUGGCUAGACAGGCGGUAGAGAGGGCUACAAGGGAAGCACGCGAAAGAGCAGCCACUGAAGCACAUGCAAAAGUUCAAAGAGCUGCUGUUGGGAAGGCUACCGAUGCCCGAGAACGCGCAGAAAGAGCAGCGGUUCAAAGAGCUCAUGCCGAAGCACGUGAAAGAGCAGCUGCAGGGGCAAGAGAAAAAGCUGAGAAAGCUGCAGCAGAAGCUAGAGAAAGGGCGAAUGCUGAAGCGCGGGAGAAGGAAGCACGGGUUAGGGCAGAACGAGCUGCUGUGGAAAGGGCAGCCGCAGAAGCACGUGGAAGGGCAGCUGCCCAAGAGAAUAACAAUGAUCUUGACUCCUUCUUUAACUCGGUUUCAAGGCCCAACAGUGCUCCACGACAAAGAACCAACCCUCCGGAUCCUUUCCAAGAUUCAUGGAAUAAAGGAGGAUCUUUCGAAUCUAGCAGGCCAUCUUCGCGAGUGCCUUCUGGAGCAUCAGAAAACCUGAGGAAGGCCUCUUCAGCGACAAACAUUGUUGAUGAUCUCAGUUCAAUAUUUAGAGGUACUGCAAUUUGUGAGCUUUGCAAUCUGGUGGUUUUCAAGAUGUUGAAGGAGAAACUGAAGAAAGACGGCGUGCCAGGCUGGAACGCCACCAGAGGACACAAGAGCGGGCUAUUCGCCAGUAUGUUUAGUUACACGAAUGCUUUUCUCAAACAGGCGAAAGCACUUGCUGAGAAAAAUGAACGUGAUCUUCAAGUACAAAGAGAACAAGCUGAAAAAAAUAGGAUCGGUGAGACCUUGGAUGUUGAGAUAAAACGUUGGGGUGCGGGGAAGGAGGGAAACUUGCGUGCUCUGCUUUCGACGUUACAAUAUGUUCUUUGGCCAGAAUGCGGUUGGCAGCCUGUUUCAUUGACCGAUUUAAUUACCGCUGCAUCUGUCAAGAAAUCUUACAGAAAGGCUACUCUCUGCAUACAUCCUGACAAAGUUCAGCAAAAAGGCGCCAAUCUCCAGCAGAAAUACAUUGCCGAGAAAGUUUUCGACUUGCUCAAGGAAGCAUGGAACAAGUUCAACUCAGAAGAACUCUUUUAAGAAAACCUGGGAUUAUGUUUUGAGAUAGUGUUGUUUCGUGCAUCGCCAAAAAGAUGAAGCUUGGUGUGCAAAAAGUAGACCCAUAUAGUUGUUGAUAGAGUAUGUAUUCCCUCGGUAUUACCCAACACUGCAUCAGUGUAGACAUUGCAGCAAUUGGGCAUUCUUAUUUUUUUGUUGUUAAUUUUUCUCUCAUUACUCUUUUUGAUUCUCAUCCAAGAGUACGAUGUCAAAUGUAUUGAUGUUGAUUUCUUGUAUCAAAACACAAUACGUGAGAGAGCUGUUUAUAUAUGAAUAUUCUUUUAAGUGGCA